AUGGCAGUUACCCUCGUCGAUACAAUCACACCUGUCGAUUACAUCAACAGUCGAAUCUUUACUUCUGCCAUCAAGUCUGUCAAAGGCAAUCAUGGCGGUACAAUAUUCGAUCAUGACAACAACAAUCACUACCGUGGCCAUGUCUCGCCCAAGCAUCUGAUCGGCGAGGCCUUGCGCCAGCGCGUGGAGAAGAUUGAUCACGAGGACUGCGAGCCCGGCGAGGAGGAUACCUUUUUCGUGGCGGACCUCGGCGAGGUGUACCGGCAGCACAUGCGGUGGAAGCUCAACCUUCCGCGCGUCAAGCCCUUCUACGCUGUCAAGUGCAACCCGGACCCCCAGCUGCUGCGCCUCCUGGCCAGCCUGGGCACUGGCUUCGACUGCGCCUCCAAGACCGAGAUCGAGCAGGUCCUCCAGAUGGGCGUCAGCCCCGAGCGCAUCAUCUACGCCCAGCCCUGCAAGACCAACUCGUACGUCCGCUACGUCGCCAACCAGGGUGUUCGCCAGAUGACCUUUGACAACGCCGACGAGCUCCACAAGAUCGCCAAGCUCUACCCCGAUGCCGAGCUGUUCCUGCGCAUCCACACGGACGACUCGUCCAGCCUCUGCCGCCUCAGCCUGAAGUUCGGCGCGUCCAUGGACAUGACGGAGGGCCUGCUGCAGACGGCGCACGAGCUGGGCCUGAAGGUGGUCGGGGUCAGCUUCCACGUCGGAUCUGGGGCUUCUGACCCUGGGGCUUUCCUCAAGGCGGUCCAGGACGCCCAUGCUGUCUUCCAGCAGGGCACCGCGUACGGCUUUGACAUGAAGACCCUGGAUGUCGGCGGUGGCUUCUGCAGCGAUGAGAGCUUCGAGGAGAUGGCGGGUGCCCUCCGGGCUGCCCUGGACGAGUACUUCCCGGCGCACUCGGGCAUCCACCUGAUUGCGGAGCCUGGUCGCUUCUACGCGUCGACCGCCUUCACCCUUGCCUGCAACAUCAUUGCCCGCCGCACUGUCGAGAACCAACCCGGGGGCGACAACAACAGCUACAUGGUGUACGUCAACGACGGCGUCUACGGCAACUUCAGCAGCAUCAUGUUUGAUCACCAGCACCCGGUGGCCAACAUCCUGCGCGCCGGGGGCCAGACGUACUACAACACCAAAGUUGCCAAGCCUGUCACAUCUGACGGCACCGAGUACAGCAUCUGGGGCCCGACCUGCGACGGCAUCGACCGCAUCAGCGAGAGCACCCGCUUCGACAAGACCCUGGAUGUCGGCGACUGGCUGUACUUUGAGGACAUGGGAGCGUACACCAAGUGCUCUGCCACUCGUUUCAAUGGGUUCUCUGACAGCCACGAUGUCAUCUACGUCUGCAGCGAGCCAGGUGCCCUGGCUGUCAUGGACGGCGGCAUCUAA